AUGAGGGACAGUUUUAACUUUGCGAUGCUGCUGGUGGUGGUUGCUUUGGGCUGGGAGAAAGAGGGGGGCUACGAGCGAAGACUGGGGCCGGGAUGGGGCUGCCUGCAGAAGCCUUACUCAGCCCCCGCAGGGAAAAGGAAAGUUGCCCCGGGAAGGGAAGUGGAGUUCAGGUUCAGCCAGUGGCGUUGCCUAACAACACAGAUCCCAUGUAGUUGGAGAACCAAAGGCCUCAUACAUGACAAAAAGACUGAGCCGUUCAGGUUACUUGCAUGGAGUUGGUGCUUAAAUGAUGAGCAGUUCUUAGGUUUUGGCUCAGAUGAAGAAGUCCGAGUGCGAAGCCCCGCCAGGUCUCCUUCAGUUAAGACUAGCCCUCGGAAGCCUCGCGGGAGACCCCGGAGCGGCUCCGACCGGAACUCGGCCCUCCUCUCAGACGUGUCUGUGUUUCCCGCCCUAAAUAAAUCGGAGACCAAAUCUGGAGAUAAGAUCAAGAAGAAAGAUUCUAAAAGCAUAGAAAAGAAGAGAGGAAGACCCCCCACCUUCCCUGGAGUAAAAAUCAAAAUAACACACGGAAAGGACAUUUCAGAGCUGCCGAAGGGGAGCAAAGAGGACGGCUUGAAAAAGAUGAAGCGGACGCCCUCGGCGACGUUCCAGCAAGCCACAAAGAUCAAAAAACUGAGAGCAGGUAAACUCUCUCCUCUCAAGUCUAAGUUUAAGGCGGGGAAGCUUCAAAUAGGAAGGAAGGCGGUACAGAUCGCCCGCCGGCGAGGAAGGCCUCCGUCCGCAGAGAGGAUAAAGACCCCUUCCGGCCUCCUCAUUAACUCGGAACUGGAAAAGCCCCAGAAGGUCCGGAAGGACAAGGAAGGAACACCUCCGCUCACAAAAGAAGAUAAGACAGUAGUCAGACAAAGCCCUCGAAGGAUUAAGCCGGUUAGGAUUAUUCCUUCCUCUAAAAGGACAGAUGCCGCCAUUGCUAAGCAGCUCUUGCAGAGGGCGAAAAAGGGGGCCCAGAAGAAAAUCGAGAAAGAAGCGGCCCAGCUGCAGGGCAGAAAGGUGAAGACACAGGUCAAGAACAUUCGGCAGUUCAUUAUGCCUGUCGUCAGCGCCAUCUCCUCGCGCAUCAUUAAAACCCCUCGGCGGUUCAUAGAGGACGAGGACUACGACCCUCCCAUUAAAAUCGCCCGGCUCGAGCCCACCGCGAACAGCAGGUUCAGCGCCGCGUCCUGCGGGUCGUCGGAGAAGUCCAGCGCGGCCUCGCAGCCCUCCUCCCAGGCGUCGUCCGACUCCUCCCGCUCCAGCAGCCCCAGCGGGGACACCUCCACGGACUCCCAGGCCUCGGAGGAGGUCCCGGCGCUGCCCGGAGAGCGGAGCGACACCCCCGACGCGCCCCCGCCGCUGCCCGUCUCCCAGUCCCCGGAGGGCGGGGGGAGCGACCGGAGAAGCAGGAGGUACUCCGUGUCCGAGAGGAGUUUCGGGUCCAGGCCGCCGAAGAAGCUCUCCGCGCUGCCGAGCGCCCCCCAGCAGCCCUCCUCCUCUCCGCCCCCGCCCCUGCUCAGCCCGCCGCCGCCGCCGCUGCAGCCGGCCUCCGGCAUCUCCGACCACACGCCCUGGCUCAUGCCGCCCACCAUCCCCUUAGCAUCACCGUUUUUGCCUGCUUCCGCCGCUCCCAUGCAGGGGAAGCGAAAGUCGAUUUUGCGAGAGCCGACGUUUAGGUGGACUUCCCUCAAGCACUCUAGGUCGGAGCCACAGUACUUUUCCUCAGCAAAGUAUGCCAAAGAAGGUCUUAUUCGCAAACCCAUAUUUGAUAACUUCCGCCCCCCGCCGCUGACUCCCGAGGACGUCGGCUUCGCGUCGGGUUUCUCUCCGCCCGGCGCCGCCGCUUCGGCCCGGCUGUUCUCGCCGCUCCACUCCGGGACGAGGUUCGACGUGCACAAACGGAGCCCUCUCCUGAGAGCGCCCAGAUUCACCCCAAGCGAGGCUCACUCCAGAAUUUUUGAGUCUGUAACCUUGCCUAGUAAUCGGACUUCUGCUGGCACGUCGUCCUCAGGGGUGUCCAGCAGAAAGAGGAAAAGGAAGGUCUUCAGUCCCAUUCGGUCCGAACCAAGAUCUCCGUCUCACUCCAUGCGGACAAGAAGCGGAAGGCUUAGCACCGCUGAGCUGUCCCCUCUCCCCCCCCCGUCUUCUGUCUCCUCUUCGCUAAGCAUAUCUGUUAGCCCUCUUGCCACUAGUGCCUUAAACCCAACUUUCACUUUUCCUUCUCAUUCCCUGACCCAGUCUGGGGAGUCUGCGGAGAAGAGCCAGCGGCCGAGGAAGCAGGCGGGUGCCCCGGCGGAGCCGUUUUCAUCCAGCAGCCCCUCUCCGCUCUUCCCCUGGUUCACCCCCGGCUCUCAGACUGAGAGAGGGAGGAACAAAGACAAGGCCCCCGAGGAGCUGUCCAAAGAUCGGGACGCUGACAAGAGCAGAGAGCGAGACCGGGAGAGAGAGAAAGAGAAUAAGCGGGAGUCAAGGAAAGAGAAGAGGAAAAAGGGGUCAGAGGUUCAGAGUGGUUCUGCGUUGCAUCCUGUGAGCAGGGCUUCCAAAGAGAAGGCUGUCGGUGAAGACGUCGCCACUUCGUCUUCUGCCAAAAAAGCAACAGGGCGGAAGAAGUCUUCAUCACUUGAUUCUGGGACUGAUAUGGCCUCUGUGACUCUUGGGGACACAACAGCUGUCAAAACCAAAAUCCUUCUAAAGAAGGGGAGAGGAAAUCUGGAAAAAAACAACCUGGACCUCGGCCCGCCUGCCCCGUCCCUGGAGAAGGAGGCGCCCCUCUGCCCCCCCACCCCUUCAGCCAGCACUGUUAAACACUCCACUUCCUCCAUAGGCUCCAUGUUGGCUCAGGCAGACAAGCUCCCAAUGACGGACAAGAGGGUUGCCAGCCUCCUAAAAAAGGCCAAAGCCCAGCUCUGCAAGAUCGAGAAGAGUAAGAGUCUUAAACAAACUGACCAGCCCAAAGCACAGGGUCAAGAGAGUGAUUCAUCCGAGACCUCCGUGCGAGGACCCCGCAUUAAACACGUCUGCAGAAGAGCUGCUGUCGCCCUUGGCCGGAAACGAGCUGUCUUUCCAGAUGACAUGCCCACCCUGAGUGCCUUACCAUGGGAAGAACGAGAAAAGAUUUUGUCUUCCAUGGGGAACGAUGACAAGUCCUCAAUCGCUGGCUCGGAAGAUGCUGAACCUCUUGCUCCACCCGUCAAACCAAUUAAACCUGUCACCAGAAACAAGGCGCCUCAGGAACCUCCAGUAAAGAAAGGCCGGCGGUCCAGGCGGUGUGGGCAGUGUCCCGGCUGCCAGGUGCCUGAGGACUGUGGUGUUUGUACUAAUUGCUUAGACAAGCCCAAGUUUGGUGGCCGAAAUAUAAAGAAGCAGUGCUGCAAGAUGAGAAAAUGUCAGAAUCUACAGUGGAUGCCUUCCAAAGCCUACCUGCAGAAGCAAGCAAAAGCUGUGAAAAAGAAAGAGAAAAAGUCCAAGACCAGUGAGAAGAAAGAGAGCAAAGAGAGCAGUGUUGUGAAGAGCGUGGUGGACUCGAGUUCGAAGCCCACCCUGGCAGCAAGAGAGGACCCUGCCCCCAAGAAAAGCAAUAGUGAACCUCCCCCUCGAAAGCCCGUCGAGGAAAAGAGCGAAGAAGGGACCGCCUCUGCCCCCGGACCCGAAGCCAAACAAGUCAGCACCCCGGCUUCCAGGAAGUCCGGCAAGCAGGCCUCCCAGCCGGCGCCGGUCACCCCCCCACAGCCGCCAAGCACCGCGCCGCCAAGGAAAGAAGUCCCCAAGGCCACUCCCAGCGAGCCCAAGAAAAAGCAGCCUCCACCACCAGAGCCGGGCCCAGAGCAAAGCAAGCAGAAGAAAGCGGCUCCUCGACCAAGUAUUCCUGUAAAACAAAAACCAAAAGAAAAGGAAAAGCCCCCCCCAGUCAGCAAGCCGGAGAACACGGGCACUCUCAACACCCUCAGCACUCUCUCCAACGGCAAUAGCUCGAAGCAGAAAGUCCCAGCAGACGGAGUCCACAGGAUCAGAGUGGACUUCAAGGAGGACUGCGAGGCAGACAGCGUGUGGGACAUGGGAGGCCUGGGGGUCCUGACCUCUGUCCCCAUAACCCCCCGAGUGGUGUGCUUUCUCUGCGCCAGUAGCGGGCAUGUAGAGUUUGUGUACUGCCAAGUCUGCUGUGAGCCCUUCCACAAGUUCUGCUUGGAGGAGAACGAGCGCCCCCUGGAGGACCAGCUGGAGAACUGGUGUUGCCGCCGCUGCAAGUUCUGUCACGUCUGUGGACGGCAGCACCAGGCGACCAAGCAGCUGCUGGAGUGUAAUAAGUGCCGAAACAGCUAUCACCCUGAGUGCCUGGGGCCAAACUACCCCACCAAACCCACCAAGAAAAAGAAAGUUUGGAUCUGCACCAAGUGUGUCCGCUGCAAGAGCUGCGGGUCCACGACCCCGGGCAAGGGGUGGGACGCACAGUGGUCACACGACUUCUCCCUGUGCCACGACUGCGCCAAACUCUUCGCUAAAGGGAACUUCUGCCCCCUGUGUGACAAGUGCUAUGACGACGACGACUACGAGAGCAAGAUGAUGCAGUGCGGGAGGUGCGACCGCUGGGUGCACGCCAGGUGUGAGAGCCUCUCAGAUGAGAUGUAUGAGAUUCUGUCUAAUCUGCCAGAAAGUGUGGCCUACACUUGUGUGAACUGCACCGAGCGGCACCCUGCGGAGUGGCGGCUGGCCCUCGGGAAGGAGCUCCAGGGCUCCCUGAGGCAGGUCCUGACGGCCCUGCUGAACUCGCGGACCGCCAGCCACCUGCUGCGCUUCCGGCAGGCUGCCAAGCCUCCAGACUUAAAUCCCGAGACGGAGGAGAGCAUACCUUCCCGCAGCUCCCCGGAAGGGCCUGAUCCGCCGGUGCUGACCGAGGUCAGCAAGCAGGAGGAGCCGCAGCCUCUGGACCUGGAAGGGGUGAAGAGGAAAAUGGACCAGGGGGGCUACACGUCCGUGUUGGAGUUCAGCGAUGAUAUCGUGAAGAUCAUUCAGGCCGCCAUGAACUCCGACGGGGGGCAGCCGGAGAUCAAAAAAGCCAACAGCAUGGUCAAGUCCUUCUUCAUUCGGCAAAUGGAGCGCGUUUUUCCAUGGUUCAGUGUCAAAAAGUCUAGGUUUUGGGAGCCAAAUAAAGUAUCGAGCAACAGUGGGAUGCUACCAAACGCAGUGCUUCCUCCUUCACUUGACCAUAAUUAUGCUCAGUGGCAGGAGCGAGAGGAAAACAGCCACACUGAGCAGCCUCCUCUAAGGAAGAAAAUCAUCCCGGCUCCCAAACCUAAAGGGCCCGGAGAACCGGACUCUCCAACACCGCUCCAUCCGCCCGCACCUCCGACCCUGAGUGCUGACAGGAGUCGAGAAGAUAGUCCAGAACUGCACCCGCCCCCAGGCAUCGAGGACAACAGACAGUGUGCGCUGUGCCUGGCCUACGGCGACGACAGCGCUAAUGAUGCUGGCCGUUUGCUAUACAUUGGCCAAAAUGAGUGGACACAUGUAAAUUGCGCUUUGUGGUCAGCAGAAGUGUUUGAAGACGAUGACGGAUCCCUAAAGAAUGUGCACAUGGCUGUGAUCAGGGGCAAGCAGCUGAGAUGCGAGUUCUGCCAAAAGCCAGGAGCCACUGUGGGCUGCUGCCUCACCUCCUGCACCAGCAACUACCACUUCAUGUGCUCUCGCGCCAAGAACUGCGUCUUCCUGGAUGACAAGAAGGUGUAUUGCCAGCGACACCGGGAUCUGAUCAAAGGCGAGGUGGUCCCCGAGAACGGGUUUGAAGUCUUCAGAAGAGUGUUUGUGGACUUCGAAGGAAUCAGCCUGAGAAGGAAGUUUCUCAGUGGCUUGGAACCAGAGAAUAUCCACAUGAUGAUCGGCUCCAUGACCAUCGACUGCUUAGGAAUUCUGAAUGACCUCUCUGACUGUGAAGAUAAGCUUUUUCCUAUCGGAUAUCAGUGUUCCCGGGUGUACUGGAGCACCACGGACGCCCGCAAGCGCUGCGUGUACACGUGCAAGAUCGUGGAGGGCCGCCCCCCCGCGGCCGAGCCGGACAUCAACAGCACCGUGGAGCACGCCGAGAACCGGACCAUCGCUCACAGUCCCCCGACGUCUGCAGAUAUUUCAUCUAGAGAAAGUCAGAACACAGCUGAAAUGAUAAGUCCUCUCUCACCAGACCGGCCUCCUUCGCAAACCUCCGGUUCCUGUUUUUAUCACGUCAUCUCGAAGGUCCCUAGGAUUCGAACACCUAGUUACUCUCCAACACAGAGAUCCCCGGGCUGCCGGCCACUGCCUUCUGCAGGAAACCCCACCCCAACCACUCAUGAAAUCGUCACAGUGGGUGACCCUGUACUCUCCUCGGGACUCCGAAGCAUUGGCUCCCGGCGACACAGCACUUCGUCCUUGUCACCCCAGCGGUCCAAACUCCGGAUAAUGUCUCCAGCGAGAACUGGGGGUGCUUGCUCCAGGAGCAGUGCUCCCUCGGCCUCCGCCCCCGGGACGGCCGCGGAUCCUGAGUCAAGUGCCAAAGCAGUUGAUCACGUCUCAGGACCACUGAAUUCAAAUAGUAACUUAGGGCAAAACGCUCCCAGCUCUUCCAGUUUGCAAAGGACAGUGGUUACUAUGGGCACGAAAACCAGUCACUUGGAUGGAUCUUCGUCGUCAGAAGUGAAGCACUCCGGCGCUUCCGACUUGGCGUCCAGGAGCUCCGCUCUGAAGGGAGAGAACACCAGAGCGCCAGGCUCCAAGGGCUCGGAGGCGCCUGCGCACGCCGCGGCGCGGCCCGGCGUUCCCAGGCUGGCCCCGCAGCCUCCGAACGCCGCGUCCGGAGAGCUGAGUGCCAGCAAGACGGGCGCGUUCGCUGAGCUCUCUCCGGGGCCCUUUUCCUCGAAGGAGGCCCUCUCCUUCCCCCCACUCCAUCCGAGAGGGCAAAGGCAUGACCGAGGCCACCACGCAGACCCCAGCCAGUCAGGGAGCCCCUCUCCCGAGGGAGACGCGGAAGUCAGAACCUUGAAGCUCUCCGGAGUGAGCAGCAGGCCGUCCGUUGUCGGUGACCAUGUGGGACCUAGCUCCAGAGACAGGAGACAGAAAGGGAAAAAGUCUUGUAAAGAAGCUUUCAAAGAAAAACAUUCCAGUACGUCUUUUUUGGAACCUGGUCAGGUGACCGCUGGUGAGGAAGGAAACCUAAAGCCGGAGUUUGUGGAUGAAGUUCUGACUUCAGAGCUCAUGGGGCAACGACCAUGUAACAACGUUCCUUCUGGUAAGAUCGGAGACAAAGUCCUGUCUGUCCCAGGAGUCCCCAAAGCCCCCUCCAUGCAAGUAGAAGGGUCUGCCAAGGAAUUACAGACGCCCCGGAAGCGCACGGUCAAAGUGACGCUGACGCCUCUCAAGAUGGAAAGUGAGGGCCAGUCCAAGAGCACCCUGAAAGAAAGCAGUCCUGCUUCCCCUCUGCAAAUAGAGUCCGCAUCUCCCACAGAACCAGUUUCAGCCUCUGAAAGUCCAGGCGAUGGUCCAGUGGCCCAGCCAAGCCCCAAUAAUAAUACCUCGUCCCAGGAUUCUCAGAGUAACAAUUACCAGAAUCUCCCGGGUCAGGACAGAAACCCGAUGCUUCAGGAUGGUCCCAAGCCUCAGGAGGACGGCUCUUUCAAGAGGAGAUACCCCCGCCGCAGUGCCCGGGCCCGCUCCAACAUGUUCUUCGGGCUCACCCCGCUCUACGGGGUGAGAUCCUACGGUGAAGAAGACAUUCCGUUUUACAGCAGCUCAACUGGGAAGAAGCGAGGCAAGAGAUCAGCUGAGGGACAGGUGGACGGGGCGGACGACCUCAGCACUUCCGACGAGGAGGACUUGUACUAUUACAACUUCACGAGGACGGUGAUCUCUCCGGGCGGAGAGGAGCGGCCGGCACCCCAUGGUUUGUUUCGGGAGGAAGAACAGUGUGACCUCCCGAAGAUUUCCCAGCUGGACGGUGUUGAUGACGGCACCGAGAGCGAUGCGAGUGUCACGGCCACCGCCAGGAAGAGCAGCCAGACUCCAAAAAGAAAUGGGAAAGAAAACGGGACGGAGAACUUAAAGGUUGAGCGGCCCGAAGAUGCUGGCGAGAAAGAGCAUGUCAUUAAGAGCUCUGUGGGCCACAAAAAUGAGCCGAAGACAGAUAACUGCCACCCUGUCAGCAGAGUUAAAACCCAGGGGCAGGACUCCUUGGAGGCCCAGCUCAGCUCCCUGGAGUCCAGCCGCAGAGUGCACACGAGCACCCCGUCGGACAAGACCCUGCUGGACACCUACAACCCCGAGCUCCUGAAGUCGGACUCGGACAACAACAACAGUGACGACUGCGGGAACAUCCUGCCCUCGGACAUCAUGGACUUCGUCCUGAAGAACACCCCGUCCAUGCAGGCUUUGGGCGAGAGCCCCGAGUCCUCCUCGUCGGAGCUCCUGAAUCUCGGGGAAGGCUUGGGUCUCGACAGCAACCGGGAAAAGGACAUGGGGCUCUUUGAAGUGUUUUCUCAGCAGCUGCCGACGGCAGAGCCGGUGGACAGCAGCGUCUCCUCGUCCAUCUCCGCGGAGGAGCAGUUCGAGCUGCCCCUCGAGCUGCCGUCCGACCUCUCUGUCCUGACCACCCGGAGCCCCACGGUCCCCAGCCAGAACGCCAGCAGGCUGGCAGUGAUCUCCGACUCGGGAGAGAAGAGGGUCACCAUCACUGAGAAGUCCGUGGCCGCCUCUGAAGGGGACGCCGCCCUGCUGAGCCCUGGCGUGGAUCCGCCGCCCGAGGGCCACAUGACUCCCGAUCCUUUCAUCCAGGGCCACAUGGACGCAGACCACAUCUCCAGCCCUCCCUGCGGCUCGGUGGAGCAGGGGCAUGGCACCAGUCAGGAUUUAACUAGAAACAGUAGCACCCCCGGCCUUCAGGUACCUGUUUCCCCUACUGUUCCCAUCCAGAACCAGAAAUACGUGCCCAAUUCCACCGAGAGCCCCGGCCCAUCUCAGAUUUCUAACGCGGCUGUCCAGACCACUCCACCCCACCUGAAAGCGGCCACCGAGAAACUCAUUGUGGUCAACCAGAACAUGCAGCCACUUUAUGUUCUGCAAACGCUUCCCAACGGAGUGACCCAAAAAAUCCAGUUGACCUCUUCUGUUAGUUCUACACCCAGUGUGAUGGAGACAAAUACUUCAGUCCUGGGGCCCAUGGGAAGUGGUCUCACGCUGGCCGCGGGGCUGAACCCGAGCCUGCCAGCUUCUCCGUCUCUGUUCCCUCCCGCCAGCAAAGGACUGCUCCCCGUGCCGCCCCGCCAGCACCUGCACUCCUUCCCCGCGGCCGCUCAGGGUAGCUUCCCCCCCAGCAUCAGCGGCCCUCCUUCGGGCCUACUCAUUGGGGUUCAGCCUCCUCCAGACCCCCAACUUCUGGUUUCAGAAGCCAGCCAGAGGACAGACCUCAGCUCCACAGUAGCCACUCCAUCCUCUGGACUCAAGAAAAGACCCAUAUCUCGUCUGCAGACCCGAAAGAAUAAAAAACUCGCUCCCUCUAGCAACCCUUCCAGCAUCGCCCCUUCCGAUGUGGUUUCUAACAUGACACUGAUUAACUUCACACCCUCCCAGCUGCCAAGCCAUCCCAAUCUGCUAGAUUUGGGCUCACUUAGUGCUUCAUCUCACCGAACUGUCCCCAACAUCAUAAAAAGGUCUAAAUCUGGCAUCAUGUAUUUUGAACAGGCACCGCUGUUACCGCAGAGCGUGGGAGGCGCUGCUGCCGCGGCGGCGGGCGCGUCAACCAUGAGCCAGGACACUGGCCACCUCACCGCGGGGCCUGUGUCUGGCUUGGCCUCCGGCUCCUCCGUCUUGAACGUUGUGUCCAUGCAAACCGCCGCAACCCCCACCAGUAGCGCGUCAGUUCCGGGACACGUCGCCUUGACCAACCCCAGGCUGCUCGGCACCCCGGACAUUGGCUCAAUCAGCAACCUUUUAAUCAAAGCCAGUCAGCAGAGCCUGGGGAUGCAGGAGCAGCCCGUGGCUUUACCGCCGAGUUCAGGAAUGUUCCCGCAACUGGGGCCGUCCCAGGCGUCUCCCGCCGCCAUGACCGCGGCCUCCGGCAUCUGCGUGCCCCCCUCCGCGCAGACCGCGGGCGUGCCGGCCGCCUCGCCUCCGGAGGAAGCAGAGGAACACUACCCGCUUCAGCAUGUGAACCAGCUCCUUGCCGGCAAAGCCGGGGUCCUCCCUGCCCAGCGCGAUCUGGAUUCUGCUCCAGGGACCCAGGGAGCCCACUUUCCCCAGACGGGAGACGCCGCCAACAGCGUGGGGCUAGAGCAGAAUAAGGCUUUGUCCUCAGCUCUGCAAGCUGCCUCCGCGUCCCCUGGGGGCUCCCCGGCCUCCGGGCAGCAGUCGGCGAGCCCCUCCGGGCCAGGGCCCGCCAAACCCAAACCAAAAACCAAACGGAUCCCGCUGCCUUUGGACAAAGGGAACGGCAAGAAGCACAAAGUUUCCCAUUCGAGGACCAGUUCUUCUGAAGCACACAUUCCAGACCAGGAAGCCGGCGCGGCCCCCCUGCCCUCAGUCACAGGGACCCCAGGAGCAGAGGCUGAGCAGCAGGGUACCGCUGAUGGGGGCCAGUCGGCACAGAAGGAGUGCGGGCAGACCAGCGGGCAAGUUCUCCCUGAGAUUCAGACAACACAAAAUUCAGCAAAUGAACAAGAAAGUACAGACCCUAAAGCGGCGGACGAAGACGAGAGCAGCUUCAGCUCUCCGCUGAUGCUCUGGCUCCAGCACGAGCAGAAACGGAAGGAGAGUGUGGCGGAGAAGCAGCCCAAGAAGGGGCUCGUGUUUGAGAUCUCCAGCGACGACGGCUUCCAGAUCUGUGCGGAGAGCAUCGAAGACGCCUGGAAGUCUCUGACGGAUAAAGUCCAGGAAGCUCGCUCCAAUGCCCGCCUAAAGCAGCUCUCGUUUGCAGGUGUGAGCGGCCUCCGGAUGCUGGGGAUCCUGCACGACGCCGUCGUGUUCCUGAUCGAGCAGCUGUCCGGGGCCAAGCACUGUAGGAACUACAAGUUCCGCUUCCACAAACCAGAGGAGGCCAACGAGCCGCCCCUGAACCCUCACGGCUCGGCCAGGGCUGAAGUUCACCUGAGGAAAUCAGCAUUUGACAUGUUCAACUUCCUGGCUUCCAAACACCGGCAGCCUCCCGAGUACAACCCCAACGACGAGGAGGAGGAGGAGGUGCAGCUGAAGUCCGCUCGGAGGGCAACAAGUAUGGACCUGCCGAUGCCCAUGCGUUUCCGGCACUUAAAGAAGACUUCCAAGGAGGCGGUUGGUGUCUACAGGUCUCCCAUUCACGGCCGGGGUCUUUUUUGUAAGAGAAACAUCGACGCGGGGGAGAUGGUGAUCGAGUACGCUGGCAACGUCAUCCGCUCCAUCCAGACGGACAAGCGGGAGAAGUACUACGACAGCAAGGGCAUCGGCUGCUACAUGUUCCGGAUCGACGACGCCGAGGUGGUGGACGCCACGAUGCACGGCAACGCCGCGCGCUUCAUCAACCACUCGUGCGAGCCCAACUGCUACUCGCGCGUCAUCAACAUCGACGGGCAGAAGCACAUCGUCAUCUUCGCCAUGCGCAAGAUCUACCGCGGCGAGGAGCUCACCUACGACUACAAGUUCCCCAUCGAGGACGCCAGCAACAAGCUGCCCUGCAACUGCGGUGCCAAGAAGUGCCGGAAGUUCCUGAACUAGCGCCGCCCCUGCCCGCCGCGGGGCGUCCCGGGAUGGAGCGCGCGCGGCUCGAGGGGCCUCCGUGAUGGCUGGGCUCCCUUACGGCCCGUGGUCACAUCCUGCAUGUGACGGUGGUCCUGGAGAGAGAGACGGGGUCUCGAAGGAACGCUCCGUGACCGGCCCGUCUUCCGGGGGCCCCCGGAUGGUGCGCCGUGAAAGAGCGGGAACGGGGGCGCCAGCGGACUGGCCCGGAAGGAGCCUGGAGAGGGUCAGUGACGCCGGGAGACUGGGCCCGAGUGUCUGCUCCGAGAGAGGCCGCCAUCCCCGCCUCGGCCCUUUCCCGAGCCCAGGAGGCGAGUGGUCGGCAGGGCCCCGGGGAGUGGAGCGGGGUGGAUGCCUGGCAGCGUGCCCGCCGGCCGGCCCACAGCCGUCUGCUGAACAAACAGGAGGUCUGGUGGUUCGCCCUACUGCCCUCCCACUUGAGAGCUCACCUCCGGCUGGGAGACAGGAUUCUUAGCACCUUUGGUGUCAAAAGGCUGCGUUGGGGUUGUGCCAAUUAAUCACCAAACACGGAGCCCGCGGGCCUUCAGUGGGAGUGUUCCCCCAUGAGCCUUAUCUCAGCCAGUUACCUUUCUUGACCAUAGGAGCGGCCCCCCUCAUCCCUUCUCCUCCCUCCGCUGCUCUCUUCGAUUCCCCUGUCUCAUCCCACCGCCUUCCCGAGCUUCCUGGGUGGGAGAGGGGCGGGACUCCCUGCUCAAGGACACCCUCUGUCGGGCACAGGCUGUGCCCAGGAACCGUCCCCGGAGCCUGUAAGCACUCCCGGUGGGGAAGUGGGCAGGAGCCAUUGGCCGUAACCAGACAGAAUUUGGAGUUUUCAUAAAGCUCCGCUGAGAGUUUUAAAGAAAUAUAUGUAGCAUGGUUUUUUAGACGAGGAAAACGAUUAUUUAAAUAGGAUCUGAAUCAUGCAACAGCCAGAGUUUCACAACCAGGGUCAACCCCUGGGCCCCAUCCCUAGGACAUGGUGACUUUCUUUUCCCCUUGUUGAGACAUAGGCAGACUUCAUUUUUAACCGGUCGGUGUCCAGUUGAAGGCAGAACACUAAUCAGAUUUCAGGGCCCACAGCUCGGGGACUAGAGCACCUUGUGUCGCAGGACCUGUGCCACCGGCGCAGAAUCCACAGGUUACGUAAAUUAAAUGACACUACUGCCCUGAUUACUCUUAGGAUGUAGUUGAAACCGCAUCAAAGGUUUCUUCUCCUCCUUCCCCCAAGACGGCGUCCUGACCCUGUUAAAUUAAGUCAUUGGGUUUCACUCUGUUCUGUUUACAGUUUGCUAUUUAAGGUUUUGUAAAUGUAAAUAGAUUUUGUAUAUUUUUCUAUGAGAAGCACUUCGUAGGGAGAAGCACUUACGACAAGGCUAUUUUUUAAACCGCGGUAUUAUCCUAAUUUAAAAGAAGAUCGGUUUUUAAUAAUUUUUUAUUUUCAUAGGAUGAAGUUAGAGAAAAUAUUCAGCUGUACACACAAAGUCUGGUUCUCCUGCCCCCCUCCCCCCUCCCCGAAGGUGUGCUUUCCUUCACUGUGUAGCCUGUCUGUGCCCGGCCGCACGGUCGGGCCCUGGGUUUGCUCUCUGACAAUAAACGGAAAAGGAAGGUCACCCGUCGCCAUCGCCACCGGGCCGCCCCCCUCCUUCCCGAGUGGAAGCUCCUCAAAAGGCUGUGGCGGUGUCCUGACCCAGCCGCGCCCCCUUCCGUCCCGCGCCUGCGCGCUCCUCUCUCGGACCAGCUCGGAGCGGGAGAGGCGCGACCUCCAUCUCCCCCAUCUUUCCCUCCUUCCGAGAUAGCGACCAAGCUGAAUGGCAGCCUGACAUUUUCCAUCGCCAUCUGCCUCACCGGUCACCUCGUCCCCUUUCCCUCUGCCCGCCAGGUCCUCGUACCUGCACAGAACCCACGGACCCUUGUGCCCCCUUCCGGGGCAGCCUGUUGAACCUGAAGCUCGGUCCGACCACUCGCGACAGAGCAGAGGUCUCCCGGCCCCUGUCGCCCCCGGGUUUCCGAGCAGUGCAGUCCAGUAGGGGGCCAGGCGCCCCUCCCCCUCGAGCGGCCAGUCCCUCCGGAAGUCCAGCAAAGCAAUACGACUCAGCCCUGCGCUCUCUGGCCCGGGACCCAUGGCUCUGCUGUGCCUUCCGCCCUGGGCUUCCUGUUCUUCCGUGUGACCUUACGAACUGUGUCUGGUGGCUUUGCUGGAACAUUGUCACUGUGUUCGCUGUUGUGCAGGGAGCCCAGCACUGUGGCCAGGAUGGCAGAGACUUGUCAUCGUGGAGAAGUGCCAGCAGGGGACUGGGGAAACACACUCUACCCAGACCUCGCCUCCCUUCCUCCUUUGCCCGUGAACAAGACACGGUGGCCCUAGGGGUCCCCCUCGUGUCUGGUUUCCUUUAUUAUUGCACUGUGUGAGGUUUUUUUGUAAAUCCUUUUAUUCCUUUCUUUUUUUUUUUAAGAAAAAAAAAACCUUAAGCUGCAUUUGUUACUGAAAUGAUUAAUGCACUGAUGGGUCAUGAAUUCACCCUGAGGAAGACCCAAAGGCCAGUCAGGGGCUGGGGGAGACUCAGCUAAAUAGACCUAGUCACUGCCCUGCUAGGCCGAGCUGUACUGUGAGCCCCCUCCUCCUCUUUCUACCAGUCCCGGACCCUGAGGCCGGAGGGGGACUCGUCUUCCCUUCUCCUGCCGGCUGCAGCUGCUUUGCCUUGCCUUUUCAGUCCCUGUCAACCAGAGAAAUGAGCAGAGUCCUCUUCUAGCUCAGCCUCGAGUCCAUUGCCAAAAUUCAGCGUACCUGCCAGCAACUUGGGGAAUAAGCUGAGGUUCCCUACCAGAGGGAAAGAAGGCAAAACACAAAACCAAACCAACCACGGCCUAUCUGUCUCCAAAACACCCGAGUUUAUCUUGAAAGUGACCAAGGGAAUCUCCGCACAAAAGUGCAGACCGAGGAACUGUGGUGAGUCAUUCCCAGGAACCCCCCAAGGGGCACCCGAAUCCCUGAGGAGUCGCAGCUGCAAGCCUGGUCAGUUCUCAGCCAGAGAGCCAGCCCCUUACAGCUUCGCUGCUAGAAACCUGUUGUGGCUGCAUUCCCUGGUGGCCAGCGACGACUGUGUGACCUGAACAGCUGCAUGGCGCUGACCCUAUGGCCGGAACUCGGUCCCCUGGCUCCCUCCGUUACCGUCCAGCACCUCCAGCACAGCCCUCCUGGUUUUAGACCAAUCACCAGAAUCCGGGGGGGCCCUGGCAGCUCUGUGUAAGUCUGCAGCCAGACUCCUGUGCCGGGGUUCAGUCCACCACCCCGCUUGCCUCUGUCAGCCCCCUCCCGGUCACACACCCCCCCGCACCCCCUCCCCGGCCAAUGCAGUGAGCACCAUGCAGCUCCCUUGAUUUAAAAAAAUACAACAGCAACAUAAAAACAACAAAAAAAAAAAACAAAAAACAAAAAAACAAAAAAAACCUUUGAAUGAAUGUAUCUUUCUAAAGGACUGACGCUCAAUCAAGUAUCUGAAAUACUAAAGGUCAAAACCUUAUCAGAUGUUAACUUUUAAGUUUGAUUUGGGAUUUUUUUUUUAACUAGAAAUCAAGGUUUGGGUGGUUUUUUUGUUUGUUUUGUUUCUUUCUAAAGGAAAAGCGGGUCACUGCAAAGGGCUGGGUGUAAUUCUACGUUUCUUUUCCUUCAUUUUAAAGCAAUACAAGAUUAUCAAGCAGAUGGUUUUGUGCCGAAUCAUGAAUACCAGUCGAGUCUCACACUCUGAAAACUUGCAACUUCUUUUGUUUUGGUUUUCAAAUAUAAAUAUGAUAUAUAUAGGAACUAAUAUAGUAUUGCACCAUGUAACAAAAUCUAGUUCAGUCCAUGGCUUUUAAUUCUCUUAACACUAUAGAUAAGGCUUGUGUUACAGUCGCUUGUGGGGGCAGGACUGUCGGGCCGGCGCUCGGAUCCUCCAAAACCGGCCUCUCCGGGGAUCAGAGAAGCAGAAACGGUGUCACCGGAAUCUCCUUCCGCCCCAGAACGCUGCCAGUCAGUACCUGUGCUCCUCGUUUCUCUACUUUUGGUUAUGAAUGUUGGGGUCACCACCUGCAUUUAGGGGAAAAUUGUGUUCUGUGCUUUCCUGGUAUCUUGUUCCGAGGUCCUCUAGUUCUUUCAACCAAGAAAUAGACUUGUGGUGUUUCUUUUAUUGAACUUUUAACAGUCUCUUUAGUAAAUACAGGUAGUUGAAUAAUUGUUUCAAAAGCUCAACAGAUGACAAGCUUCUUUUCUAGAAAUAAGACAUUUCUUGACAACUUUAUCAUGUAUAACAAAUCUUUUGGUUUUUUUCCUUGUGUUCUUCCAAGCUUCUGGUUAGAGAAAAAGAGAAAAAAAAAAAAAGGAAAAAAAUGUGUCUAAAGUCCAUCAGUGUUAACUCCCUGUGACAGGGAUGAAGGAAAAUACUUUAAUAGUUCAAAAAAUAAUAAUGCUGAAAGCUCUCUACGAAAGACUGAAUGUAAAAGUAAAAAGUGUACAUAGUUGUAAAAAAAAAAAAGGAGUUUUUAAACAUGUUUAUUUUCUAUGCACUUUUUUUUAUUUAAGUGAUAGUUUAAUUAAUAAACAUGUCAAGUUUAUUGCUGCA